AACUUGAAGACCUUUGGCAACUAAACCGUACACAAAGAUGAACUACUUGAUCACUAUUUAGCUGCCACUCGCUUCAUCCCGUAGCUGGAAAACCUUCGUUCUGUUAAAAAGCAACUUAAAGGACCGCUGAGUGAGGGAACACAGACAGACAACCAAUUAUCGACAAAAAACUGUCAAGAUGAAAAUGCUUUACAUUGGGAUACUAAUUGGUUGCUUGCUGCAUCUAUCAGGUGCCAGUUUUUACUGCGAAUGCAACGACUGCCCGCACUCAACGAACAAUACUUGCUUAGCUAAAAGCAAAACCUGCUACGUAAAGCUUGAAAGAGAGAAAGACGGUCCCCUGGUUGAGACUAAAGGCUGUCUCGACCCAGCCAAUUUGGCCCUGAUAUUCUGCAAGACUGUCCAAGCUGAUAAAAAUGUCUCUUGCUGUUACGAAAACAUGUGCAAUAAAGAAAGCCGAUUGACGCUACCCUUGUCUCGUAAAGCUACGAAAUCCGAUGGCAACCAGAAAGGCAAUUUGUCAGCUGUGGGCGUUGCGUUAGUGAUCGCCAUUCCAAGUGCCAUUAUUUGCAUUCUGGGGAUCAUUUUCAUUUUGUGGUACAACAAACAACACAGCAAAAGAGCCAUGGGCCUGCGACGCUACGUGGACGUAGAAGUUGGCAAAGAGCUCAUGGGUCCAAGCCUCGAUAUUAGCAAAAGCAAGAAACUGAGUGACAUAAUUGAUCAAAGCAUGUCAGGAAGUGGUGCUGGCUUGCCAUUGCUGACUCAGAGAACGAUUGCAAGGCAAAUUCUUUUGUUCGAGUCGAUAGGCAAAGGGCGAUUCGGCGAAGUCUUCAGAGGCACGUGGAAUGGGGAGAGCGUUGCCGUAAAGAUAUUCACAUCACACGAAGAGUCUUCCUGGUUCCGGGAGGCCCAGAUUUAUCAAACGACGAUGCUGCGACACAAAAGCAUUCUAGGCUUCAUCGCAGCGGACAACAAGGAUAACGGAAUUUGGACCGAACUUUGGAUCGUUUGUGAGUACCAAGAGAAUGGAUCGUUGUAUGACUAUCUGCAAAGGAAAACCUUGAACGUGAAAGAACUGUUAAAUAUUGUAUACAGCAUAGCCAAUGGUGUUGCACAUUUGCAUCUAGAGGUCCUUGGAACUGAGGGAAAGCCUUCCAUAGCACAUCGCGAUAUAAAAAGCAAAAAUAUUCUCGUCAAAUAUGAUGGAACAUGUUGCAUUGCUGAUUUUGGCCUUGCUGUUCUGCAUUCAUCUACCAAAGGAGACAGUGUUGAUAUACCAACUAAUAACAGAAUUGGUACAAAAAGAUAUUUGGCUCCAGAAAUUCUCAAUGAUGUAUUCAAUGUAUUAUAUUUUGACUCUCAUAAAAGGGCAGAUGUAUAUGCCAUGGGCUUAGUUUUCUGGGAAGCAUGUCGCCGUUAUGUGAUAAAUGGUUUUGUCGCUGAGUAUCAACCACCUUAUUACGACAUGCUUCCGUCUGAUCCAACAUUGGAAAAUGUGAGAAGUGUUGUGUGCGAUGAAGGGAAAAGGCCACUUAUGCAGCUAUCGUGGGAAAAUCAUGAUGUGAUGGUACGCAUUAUGAAAAUAAUGAAAGAAUGCUGGUACCAUGAUGGAGCAGCAAGGCUGACAGCUCUAAGAGUUAAAAAGAAUCUUGGUCAAAUUUGUGAAAAGUAUGGUGUGAGAACGUAGUUCAAUGCCAAAAUGGUAAUGGAGUGUUGAUGAAAUCAGAGCCCAGCUGUCAUCUCACAAUGAGUGAUCGCCAUUAUAUAAUGACAAAGGGGAAAGAGCUGUCAUUGACCAGUUAUGCUGCACCCUUGGCAGCUCUGUUUCCCAAGCAGAAAGGCCUAGAGGUUAAAUUAUGGCCUAAGGUGGUAAAGGCAAGCAUUACUUUGGUGUUCGAUGCUGCAUCUCAUUUUGCCAUGCGUAGGAAAAUCAGAUUGUCUUUUCUACCACACCGUGUCAAGCUGUAUUUCUCUUGAAGACCCAAUAUCCCCAAUGUGUAUAUCAUAAAUUGCAUCUAGGCUUGCAAAGCAGGACCUACUGGAAAAAACUGCUAGCAAUUAUCUUUAGUUUUGUUAUAUCCCUUGUUUAUGGCAUGCGAUGGUCAAUUGGGAUAUUUUUUUGUGUUAAUGGCUAAGUAAUACUAUAGGCUUGAUUGCUGACAGUAUCCACAAUGAUAGAAUCAGUGAUCUACAAAAUGGAUAAAUCCUCAGGCUCCAAUCCACAAGACUGUAUGAGUGAAACUACUUUGCAGUUUGAUCUGCUGUGUUGAUCUGCUUGCCAUUUUAUUGUUUCUUUCACCAUUCUGCUCUUUGUGAAUUCAAAGAUUCUACAUAUGCGGCUGCGGUAAAUUUUCUGUGUUAAUUCUUCUUUGAUAGUUCAAUGAAGUCAAGUUGCAGUUAUAUGGUCAUGAAUUAACCCUUGAUUAGAUGGUCAUAAAAAUACACCCUCUCAAACAAUUUUAAUUGCAUUCAUCUUUCUGUACAUUUUUUGAAAAGUAUUUUUAUGUUAGAAAUAGUAUACAGCGUCAUUAAUACAUCUUACUGCCUAAUUAGGUCACAUACCAACUUAACUGCUCCUUUUUUAUUUUUGCAUCUCUGUAGGAUGCAACAUUUUAUUUAUUGUAUCUAACUUUAUAUGUCCAAUUGAAAGUAAAAUUGUCGUGGUAAUCAAGAGGAAUGGUGCAACUUUUGGAGGUCUUAAUGUUUUUUUGUCAUCCAGUGUGACAAGUAAGCUUUGUUUUUGAAUGGAGUGACAGUAUUUGACAAUGUUCUGGUAACACCUAGUUAAAUGUAAAACAAAAGUUUUUCUUGUAUAUAGUAGCAAGACCGUCAGUUUUUAUUAGCCCUGUAAGGGCUGCUUCUCAUUAAUUCAUCUUUUCCAGGCUUGAUAUACGUUGAUUAAUUUUCUGUGUUAUAUGCAGUGCUAGCAUAUUUUCACUGAAUAACUAUUUAGAACUUGCAAUUGCCACUUUGGAUUGUAAUGGUUUUAGAGGGUGCUGUGAUUUUAUAUUUCUCAUAAAUAUAAAUAUUCUAUAUAUACAUAAAAUUAUAUAUUCCUUUGUAUCUUAACUUGUGUAUCUGAUUCAAAGUAGUUUUAGGUAUGAAUGUCAUGUAUUCUGGAAAAAACGCAAAAUUGA